AUGGAUGAGACUGGCUUUCGUAUUGGAAUGGGAAAGGACCAUUUAGUUGUUGCAAAGCGAAGAAGAGCUCAUACAAUUGAAUUCGUUGAAUACUGCGAACAGCACGAUAUAAUUCCCUUUGCGUUGCCCUCGCACCUUACACACAUCCUUCAACCUCUUGAUGUUGUGAUAUUUCAGCCACUAAAGCAUUAUCAUGCAAAGGCGUUGGAUAUCAUUGUUCGAGACGGCGUGUUGAAUAUUACAAAGAUUGAAUUCCUUGCUUGCAUUCAAGCUGUACGAAAACAAGCUUUCAAGACUACUACUAUUCUCACAGCCUUUCGAAAAACUGGAAUUUCACCCUACAAUCCACAGCCUGUAAUUGAGGCCCUUGAACAACGAGCUGCAAUUUACACAUCAACACCAUCGCCGCCGCCGUUAUAUCACAACAACUCUUCCGACUUUGAGACGCCCACAACACUCAGGCAGAUAAAUAAGGUUGCCAACAAGCUAGGGGAGGUAUUAGAAGACGAUACAUCCCUUGAGCCUGAGUUUGCACGCAAUAUCAGUCGUUUUAUCCGCGGCUCUCUUAUUGCAGCUACUGAGCUUAUACAGACGAAGAGAGACCUUGGGCGUACAAAAGCAGCUCAAUUACUAUCACAGCGACGUAGAGCUCAUAAAUAUCACGCCCUACAAACUGGUGGCGUUCUUUCUGUGGAUAACGCGCGUGAGAUGGUCAAGCAAAACGAGAAUGACCGCCUUGAUACUGCUCGUCGGGUUGUUGAGGCAGCCGACAAAAGGCGCCACAACCACGCCAAGAGGACGUUUUUUGAAGCAGCUAAAAAGGCACGUAAAUGGCGUCUGGAUUCUGUACUAGAUCUACUAGAAAUUUGGGACGAGAAGGGUGUACAUUAUAGGCGAAGAGGUUAA